UGCAACAGUGUUGUUCUAUUAACAAUUAUUAUACUUACUAUGAAUAUUACCUUAUUUUCUAUAUUAGCGUUAUUUAUAUAUGCAAGAGGUUAUGCAUUAAGAGUUUCACUUUACUAAAUAUUGAAUAUAUCUAGAUUCAAGUUACUCUAUGUUCAUUAUGUGAACACUUCUAUUUUUGUUUGUAUUUGAAAACCAGCUUCAAAUUAGCGUUUAUUAAUUAUAAUUUCAUAUCGAGCCUGUGUAUAAGCGGUAGACAAGAAGACGCAUAAAUUAUAAUGGCAAAUCAUUACGAAGUACCUAAUUGGGCAGGAAAACCACCAGUUGGCUUACAUUUGGAUGUUUUGAAAGGAGAUAAAUUAAUACAGAAAUUGAUGGUGGAUGAAAAAAAAUGUUACCUAUUUGGCCGGAAUCAACAAUUAAAUGAUUUUUGCAUUGAUCAUGCUUCCUGUUCGAGGGUUCAUUCAGCUCUUGUCUACCAUAAACAUCUGAAUCGAGCCUUUCUCGUUGAUUUAGGCAGUACACAUGGUACUUUUAUUGGUAAUAUGCGACUGGAAUCGCACAAGCCAACACAAUUGCCCAUAGACAGUACUUUUCACUUUGGAGCUUCCACCCGGUAUUAUAUUAUUCGUGAAAGACCACAAUCUGGAACCAGACAAAUUAUUGAAGAAUUGGAAAAAUCAUCUGAGGAUAUUGAUUCAGGUGGCCUAUUAGGUCUGCCUGAAACAGAAACUGAAUUGGAUAAUCUAACUGAAUUUAAUACAGCACACAACAGGCGAAUUUCUAUGUUAGGAAUAACAGAUGAUGAGGUGCACAAACCAACAAGGAAACGAAAGAAAAAAGGAAUUACUUUCAAUGAUGACGAGGAAGUGAUAAACCCAGAAGAUGUCGAUCCUUCAGUGGGCAGAUUUCGAAAUCUUGUACAAACAACUGUGGUGCCAAGCAAAAGAAUGCGAAUGGAAGGUGGCUUAAUAUCUUUAUCUGAAGACUCUCAUAAUCCCAUGAAGCAUCUUCAACCCACAUCUAUCGCUCCCCAACUUUACCAUGAUUUGCCACCAGAACAAUUUACGAGUUCCUCGUUGCCAAAUAAUCCAUUUUCCACUGCGCUGACUUCCCUGACAUCACGUCUUGGCAUUGCCUUACCGAAUCCAGCACCUGAGGUCGAAAUGGCACCAAAUCAAAUGCAGACGGAGGUUCCACACAUUCCGGAGGUGCCAGGAUCGACGGAGCCACACACUAUGGAACCUAAAAAGAAGAAAUACGCGAAAGAAGCGUGGCCUGGAAAGAAACCAUUACCAACUCUUCUAGUGUAACUAAAGUAGCUCUCGUGUAAUAUGGCAAAUCAUAACAGCAGACGGAUAAACUCUAUGGUAGUGUAAAUAUAAGACUGUACCAAGAAUUUUAAAAAGCGUCUCUUCUACGCGCAAAAAUUCAGCAAUUGACAGUAUACAUCAUCAUCGAUAUUCUCAGCAUCGUUCAUGUAAAAUUGUGAAGUUUUAAGAUUUAAUGACUAAUGAAAAAACGAAGAGAAAGUUUUCAAGUGAAAUAAAUAAACGAUGUAAUUUAUCCACAA